GCCUAAAUCCACUACCUCCAUUACGAAGACCCAAAAACCCAAAAAAAGCAAAACGAAGAACAACCUCCAUUGCUCUCACUUCUACAGUCUCCAAAGCACUACUCUAGUCCGAUUACUGGGGCGACAUGAUUCACCAUGGCUGACCACCCAACCUGCGCAAGAAAACUCAAUCACGAAAAAUAAAUCAGAAAAAAUAUCCAAAAUAAACUACUCACCAUAGUUGCCGCCUAGCAAGCUGUUGAUUUCACCUCGAUCGGUUAUUCACUCUAAAUUCAUUCGAAAAUUCAUCAGAAUUGAAAGGAAAUCGUCAUCUGGCAAUUGUUCCGAAGCGAAGGAUAUUAUUUUACAGGAUGAAGCCGAGUGCAGAAGCAAACUUGCAUGAUGAAACCAUCAAAUCUCAUCAAUCAUCACCCUUACCAUCCCCUCAGCCACCACAUCCAGUUCAUCAGAGUGAUGCAGACAAGGAGGAUGAGAAUGUGAAGCAACUCGGGGAUUGCUCUUCUCUGUACUUGUCCUUACAGGAUUGUUUAAUAAAAACUGACCGAAACUGGAAAUCGUGCCAAAAGGAGGUUCAAGCUCUGAAGACAUGCAGUGAAAGCAGGAAGAAAGGGAAGUGAGAAAUAUGUUGUGCCGGAGGAUAUCAUUGAUUGAAGCACCAAUUCCCAAUCGCUUGUCAAGAAACUAUCGAUGGCAAGCAACUAAGCAAGCAUCAUGGGUUUUAAGUAGUUUGCCUUUCCCAUUGAUCCAUUGCUAAUGGUGGACGACAUUUCUCCUUUGUACUUUGGGAAGUUGGCAUAAUUGGCAAUGCUUAAUUUGUAAAUUCAGGAGACUGGCACCCCGACAAGCUGUUUAGGUGGAAACAUGUUGGAAGUUUGAUUGAAUAAGUUGUCGUGGUAAAUUGAAAUAUUUGUGUUCUUAGGCUCUUAGCAAAUGUCCUUUUUGUUAAGGUGUUUGUAAAGCUAGACAUGAUAUACUCCCUCCGUUCCUAUUUGUUCUACCCAUUGUGAAUCUUGGGUGGUUUUUAAGAAAAUUGAAAUCUUGGUUUGUAUGGGUAUAAGUGUAAUGAUUAGUUGUAAGAAAAAUGAUUGUGUGUAAGAAUGUGUAAGAGAUUCUUUUUUAAAGAAUAAAGUAAGGAGAGAGAAAAUAAUAAAGAAAUAAGAGAAUGCUGAGAUAUUUGAUUAAAAUAGUCACAAAAAAAAAAAAAAAAAAGAA